GGAGCCAGCAGUUUGUGUAUUAUUAAAACAGGUUCAUUUGCUUUGUGCUCGAACGAAAUCAGUAGCGCGUGCAGAAACAUUAUAGCUGGGUGCAGGGAAAAUAUUUGUUGCAGCUCUUCUUUUAUUGGAUUUUUUAUUAAAGAUUUUAAAACGUUUUUGAUUUUUUCUCAAUUUUUAAAUGAUGCCAAGAUCUUUUUUGGUUAGAAACUAUUUUCGAAAAAAUGACGAGGAAGAAGAACUAAAACUACCUGAAUCUCACAAAGAAACGCAAUCUUGUUUGAACCAUCCUACUGAGUACCUAGAGUAUGCCAGAAGUCUAUUAGCUCUAAGUCGAUCUAUACCGUGGCAAUGGAACUACGAGCUUGAAAAAUCAUACUGGUUUGAUACAAGCGAGCAAAAUAAACAACUAAAUCAUUCAAAAAACGAGAAAAUUAAAAACGAAAGUCCAUCUUAUAAAUACGGUGAUACCUUUCAAGAACUUUCAAAAUUUGAAACAGAUGAUAUUGAGAAAGCUGCCACAUCAAUAGUAAAUGUUUUUAAAAAAAUUGCAACUGAAAAAGUUGCUUCAUCGUUGAAAUUGUCACCGUCGUGCAUCAUUGAAGAUAAACCAGCAAAUAAAACUUACCUUGAAAUGGUGCAUGAAGCAACACCGCAAGAUGAACUAACAAAUACAGAAGAAAACGAAGAAGAAACUAACAAUGAAAUAGCAUGCAAUAAUAUAGAAAAGAAGCUUACCCAGAUGUUAAGUGAAGGAAACGAGGUAGUAACAAAGAAUAUUCGACAAUUUUUGGAAAACAACCAGAUACUGCUUGAUGAGGUUGCUGUGGAAACAGAUCUAGAUAAAAAUGAAAUUAAAGCAUUCAUUGAGUUUCACGGAGAGUUGGAGUCAGCGAGUAAAAAAGAGUUCUACCGGUGGUACUUAACAAAAAUAUUCAAACCACCAAACGGAAAUGCUGACGAAAGUUACACAUGUUACAAGUGCGGUAAAAUAUUUACAUAUAAAAGCUAUUUAGAACGACAUAUAAAGUAUGUAUGUCCAGACAGUACUGGUCGAACAUGGAAAUGUGGGUAUUGCGGAAAAGCGUUUCAGUACCCUUGCUAUUUAAGAAGACACAUAAGAAGUCAUACAGGAGAGUCACCAUAUAAAUGCGACAAAUGUGACCGAGCUUUUGUGCGAUCAACAGACCUUCAAAGACACAUACGUAACCAUACCGGAGAAAAACCAUACCGUUGUACACAAUGUUCCCGUGCGUUUGCACGAUCGACAGAUCUCAAAAGACAUAUGAGAACACACACAGGUGAAAAACCAUAUAAGUGUUGGCAGUGUCGAAAGUCUUUUUCUCAAAGUGGAAGUCUGCAAACUCAUCUGCAAACGCAUAGUAAAGAAACAAACGGGAAAAAAAUCAAAAAAUUAAACAAGCUGCCACACCUUCCACGAAGACCUCCAGCAUAACACAUAGUUGAAUAAUAUUAAUAUGUUUAAACAUACUGAUAUUAUUCAGCUUUUCCAACGCUAAAAAUAAUUCAUAGUUAGCCAUUGUAUAAAUGAGAGAGAGAGACUUGUACAGAAAGUGAGAAACUAUUUGAUUAAGUUUUGUAAAAUACCUUUUAUUACUGAAAAUUUUUUUAAAAAAAUUAUUACUAUGUUCUUUUUCAAUAAAG